GCCGCGGUUCCUGCAUUGGAAAACAGAAAGGUAUUCAAAGUCCGCCAUUCCUUAAAUGCCUCCUUUCGCUGGCCGUUCGUUUCCCCAGGGUGACAUUAUUUGAAAAAUUGAAUACACCACAUGCUAUAAACAUUUGCCUGAUGUUCACACGCCAAAUUAUUCGUAACCAGUCAACUCUGAGCUCCUUGGUCCCGAAGGCCGAAGGGAAAUCCAUGAAAAAAAAGUCUUUCUCCUCAACAAUGUCUUGAAUCUAACGCUCGGCAAUGCCAGCUGAUCCAGCUGAUCCUACAGUACGUUAAGAAACAAUUUUACCCCUCAUCGCGCAAUCGUUUCAAUGCAAAAACAUGGGAGACCAAUCGUUUUCUCCCCCUCAGCCAUUUCCAUUGCUCCCUUUUGCUCAACAAUAGCAUCCCACGCAAUCCAUAUUCGUUCCUCGUUCAUCCCUUCUCGCCUCACCUCGAAACACAAGCACUGUUUCAUACCUCAAGAACCCGACGAACGAUCGCCAAGAUCCGAGCGCUGCAGCGUUUGGAGGGUGGGGUAUUUGCUUGUUAUGUUUUUAAUGUCAAUGCGCGUUGUCUUGCUCAAAUAGCGGGGUGGGAACCAAACUUUACCGUCUGAUCUUUUCACUUGCCUCUUCUACUAAGUACUGCACUAGUCAUUGAAGAAAUUUGACCGCACUCACUCCUUCACCCUAAAUACCAUCUGAAUCUACAUGACGCGCUUCAAAAUGGUAAUUUUCUUCUUGGCAACAGCGGGGUAACUGGUACUGAUAUACAGUAGGCACGAUCAUUAUCCAAAGAGGAAAUCGCGAUCUUUAAGGCGGAAUUCGAUGUCUAUGUAAGCCGUCAAGGAAAUCUCUAACCGAAGCGGGGGGCGGCUAACCGAAGCAGGAUCAAGAUAAGGGAGGAAACAUCACAGUUGAGGAAUUUGGCAGAGUCAUGAAGGCAUCUGGACAAAAGGUUACCGACGAAGAGCUAGCACAAAUUGUCAAAGAGGUAGAUCUCGACGGAGACGGAACCAUCAACUUCCAAGGUAAUUUCCGAGGUCCGCAAGCAGAGGAAGCAGUGCUGAUUUAUAUACCAGAAUUCAUCAUGAUGAUGACCGGAGGAGCUGCACAGAUUGCUCCAAGCGGAGAAGCCCAGAGCGCAUCGAGCGAGGAGUCAGCGAAAAAGGAAUAAGGAAAACACAUGAAAUAUACGGAGUUGGAUUGAACUACAUGAAGGGGAUGGAAAUGUAAAAUGAUGGACGAGAAUCGCAAGACGAAUAAUCUUGUGGGGAGAAUAACAACAGACAAGUUCAGAGAAGCACUUAAGUUGCGACCAACAUAUACCCGCAAAACUGCCCUCUACACAUUCGGAUUUUACUACACCGGCUAUGUUCUAUUUGGCAAUUAGACUGUGCAAGUAUCCGGAUUGUUCAUAACAUCCACUGAUGUAACGUACUAGUCAAAGCCCCUCGUAUAUUAUGGAUUACCGCAUUUGCAUUUUUAUGGCACUUCUAGGGCUGUAUUUAGGGAGUUUGCGUUCUAUUUUGGCUAUACGCUGCCUAGGUUGAGCCAUCUAAGAAACUACCACAGUCAUUAUAAAAAUAUUCAUCACGAAGCUCCUCAUCAAAUUAUAGAACAUAUUGUUGAA